UGAAUAUGUCGCACGACGUGACCAUAAACUUCAACGGCAAAUCGUUUAACCUUCUUCGUUUUCAACCAUCCUGGACAAUCGCUCAACUAAAACGCGAAAUUGCUCGCAAGAGAAAUGUCAAAACUGCUGGAAUUAAAAUCAUUUUUACCGGUCGAGAAUUUCCCGAUGAAUUAACACUCGGGAAUGCAGAGAUGAACCACAGCGUCAUUCAUGCUGUUCAGAAAUCUGGCCAGCUCUCAGUUGAUGCAACUUAAUUACAAUGCGAAUUAUGGUUUGACAAAAGUGAAACUGACACAGGAUGACGAGGAUAAAGAUGGUGAAUCUCAACAAUCAGGCAAGCAAAGUUUCUUCUUUGUUUUUUGUGAAACUUGCAAGAAACUAACACAAGGAAAAUUGCGAUGUCCAUGUUCAAAUUGCAAGGAAGGAAGCUUUGUUCUAUCACAGGUUCGUCAGAAGCAACUAAACAUUGAUCAACUUCACUAUCAGUUGACAACUGAGAAUCGUCGGGCCAACGAAAAAAUGAAUGCUUUAAUGCAGCAGAACUCUGAUCUCAAGCUGCAGGUAACCCAAGCAAGACACCAGGCUGACGAAUUUUACAAAACGGGUUUAGAGAGAAAUAUUGAUGCUGUAUCAUUAUAUAGGAAACCAGUUGUCAGCAUUAAAAUUGGAUCUCGGCAGUCACGGAAAACCUUUAAAUACGUACAAUCCCGAAAGUCAGUUUAUAAAAGACCUUCGAAAAGAAUGAAGUCGCUGGUAUGAAGGGCGUUGGAUCGUCAUCUGAAGGAUUACACACAAAACUCGGCUUGACUCCUCUAUCUCUGACACCCGGCUUGACUGAGCCUCUAUUUCUGACGAGCUAGUUAAUGUUGAUGGUUAUGACAUAUUGCGGGCCGAUCGGAACAGAAAUGGGGAAGGUGUUUGCAUUAUAAGACGUAAUAUCUAAAGAGUCCUGAUCUAAUUCGAAAUGACCUUGAAGCUGUUGCUUUAGAAAUUAAGCAAGCAAAUAGUCAGUCUUUUAUUAUUUCAAGUGCUUAUAUAGACCACCUAAUUCCAAAAUGGAAGAUCUUCUAAAACUUGAAAGACAUAUCCAACUGAAUGAUAAUGAAAAUAAGGAGAUUUAUAUCUUAGGUGAUUUAAAUAUUAAUUUGCUUGUUUCGAAUGUAUCUCUUAGUAAGAAGCUUCGGAAAAUUUGGAACUGUAUCAGUUGACUCAAGUAAUCGAUCAACCAGCUCGAAUUACAAAUAGCUCGAAGUUACUGUUAGAUGUAUAUGCAUUACAUCUUCACCUGAGAAAAUUGUUUCCUCAGGUAUGGUGCAUCUAGGCAUAAGCGAUUAUAGUCUUAUCUAUGCAAUAAGAAAACUCAAUUGUGUUCCAAAAACUAGAUCGUGAAAUUUAAUUGAGUAUAGAAGUUUUAAAAAUUCUAAUUUGGAAAGUUUUUUGAAUGACUUGUACAUGCUACCUUAGACUAAAUUGGAUUAUAAGCAAAAUGUUGAUGAACCGUGCACUGGACAAGCAUGCCCCACUCAGAAAGAAGAGAGUAAGAAAAGGGCAGGGUGCCUUGGAUAAAUGGAGAUGUCAAAGCUAAGUUAUUUAAAAGAGUUUAUUUAAAGCGUAAAGCGAUAAGAACAAAUGAUGUAAGUGAUUGGAAUGCAUACAAGUCAUCCAGAAAUGCAGCUAAUAUUGCUUUACGUCAUGCAAAAAGAGAUUAUUAUGCGACUAACGCCUGUAUUCUAAAAGCUCACUCUCACUCAAAUUUAUUGAGUGAGAGAUCUUAAUCUUCUCAUAACGUUUCAAUGGCGGCAUUUCAAGACAAAUAGGGGCUUGAUUUUCAGUGAUUCACCUUAUAUCUUACCAUCUAUUCAGAAAGAACUUUCUCAUUGAUCAGCAUUAACAAAAUAUUUAUGUCACACUCAAUGAGUGUGAGUGAGCUUUUUGAAUACAGGCGUAAGUCUCGAAAUUAUAAAAAUAAUCCAAAGCAUGCUUGGAAAACAAUUAAUGAUAUCUUAGGACCGAAUCAGGAUAAAAAUGCAAUUCAUGAAAUAAAAUUAUCUGGAAAAUCUAUCACCUCGACAGAAGAGCUAAAAGAGGUUUUUAAAGAUUAUUUUACAGACAUAGGUCCCAAGCUUGCUCAAACAAUCUGUCAUAAUAGCGGUAUUAACUUUGAGGACUUUAUUACUAAAAGGCAAUCAGUAAGGAAAUUUUCUUUCGAGACUCUAAAUGAGCUUACGGUUUACAGGCUUAUUGCCAAAUUGCCUAUUUCAAAAGCUACAGGUAUUGACAAAAUUUCCACAAAAGUUCUUCAAAUAGCUGCUGCUGCGGUAGUGCAACAUUUGACAAAAAUUUUUAAUAAAUCAAUCAUUCUAGGUCAGUUCCAAUUAGAAUGGAAAGAAGCACGAGUAAUUCCCUUAUUUAAAACGGGACAGCGAACCGUGCUUGAUAAUUAUAGGCCUAUUUCGAUAUUACCAGUUGUCAGCAAACUGAUAGAACGGACUAUGUAUAAUCAAGUCUGCAUAUCAAUUUGGAUUUAGGCCUUUCAACAACUACCACUCUAAUAGAUUGUACAAAUGAGUGGUGCUAAUAUGGACCGUGGACACUAUAAUUUAGUUGUUUUCCUUGAUAUCAAGAAAGGUUUUGAUACCGUAAAUCACGCUAUUCUUUUAAAAAAACCUGAAAUAUACGGUUUCGGAAAAUCGGCGCUACACUAUUGCGUAAUUAUCUGACUGAUCGAACUCAAAAAUGCCAUCUUCAUGAUAUGUUUUCUUAACAAAAAAAAUAACUUGUGGCAUUCCCCAGGAGAGUAUACUUGCCUUCUUCUAUUAUUUCUCUAUAUAAAUGACUUGCCAAAUUGCCUCAAAUACACAACACCCAGACUGUUUGCGGAUGACACUAGUUUAACAGCCGCAGGACAAACAUUGGAUGAAGUGAAGAAAAGGGCCAAUGAGGACCUAGAGAAUGUCCGAAUUUGGUUAUCAGCAAACAAGCUUAAUUUAAAUAUUGCUAAAACUAGAAAACUGAAUACGUUUGAUUG